CGUAGCAAACUCGUAGAGAUAUUUCCGGAAUGGAAGGUGAAGAGGAUUGAGGUCUUGAAGAUGAUCCUCGACAUGAUCGUUGAGCUGAAGAAGCGAACGCGAGACGGCCACAUCUCCAAGGUCGCCGGCUCUUCCGCGGGCAUCGCUGGUGGCGUCAUGGCCAUCACCGGCUUAGCCCUCAUCCCGGUGACCUUCGGCGCGUCUCUGGGCCUCACCAUCGCUGGCACCGUAAUGGGGGUUGCCGGAGGCAUCACGGGCGCAGGGGCAUCGAUCGCCGUGCUGGUGAUGAACAAAGCCUCAACCAAGAAGGCGACAGAAAAUUUCGAGAAGGAUAAAAUUGCCAGCAAGACGCUCGCCAAUGCGUUGGAGUCGGUUUACUCUGUGGCCAGUGAGCUUGAUGAUGUCACCAUGCGCACGCUGGUGUUCGAGAGAGUUUCCACUACAGAAGGCAACAAUGAUAAGGUAUGCUCAGAACGCAGACGCACCUGGGAGAAAUUUAAAGCUGCUGCUGGAGGAAUUUUUGCGACAGGCGGCACGGCAAAAGGGAUUCAUACCAUCACCGACAACGCAAUCGAUUUGGCCGGUGCGGCAAAAGUGGCCGCGGCCGGCGCCAACGCGGCCGACGACGUCGGAUUUGCGGUGGCGAAGGGAGUGGCAAGCGGCGGCUUACGGAUAGCCGGGAUCGCGGUGGGCUCCGUGCUCCUCGCCGUCGACGUCGCGAGCCUGAUCUGGACCGGGAUCGAUUUGCACAAGGGGACCCCGUCACAGAUAGAAGAGCACUGGCAGAAGACGUACGACGACUUGAAAUUGCACCUUGUGGGCAUGGCGAAAAUCAAAUAUUACAUCGAGAGAUUAUGAAAUAGAUGACGGGUAUCCACCCCUCGAUAUGUACGGCAAGGUCUCAGAUGGGGGAUCAGUGUACACGGUUCCCGCUCGUACCACGACCGACUACCCAUGAUCCGUAAUUACACUUGUAUCCAUAUCACCCGCACAAUA